AUGAACACCCUCAUUCCUCUCACUCUCUUUCUAACCAUUUCGGGUUCUCUCUCUAAACCCAGCCACCAUGAUCAUGGAGGCUUUACUGUUGAUCUUAUUCAUAGAGACUCCCCAUUGUCCCCUCUAUAUAACCCGACCUAUUCGCUAACUGACCGUCUUCACAAUGCUUUUCAUCGGUCUAUGUCUCGGGCUUUUCGUCUUUCAAAAACGUUGGGUUUUGCUUCAAAGAUGGAGGCGGAUAUAUUUGGCAUUCCGGGAGAAUAUAUAAUGAACAUCCAAAUCGGGACCCCACCUGUACAAGUUCUUGGAAUUGCUGACACCGGGUCUGACCUCACAUGGGCCCAGUGUGAACCCUGUAAGAAUUGUUACAAGCAAGUGGGCCCACCUUUGCUUGUACCCGCUUCUUCAUCCACUUAUCAUGCGCAAUCAUGCCAAUCAAAAGCGUGUGAAGCCCUGGAAGACAACUUGUCAUGUGACUCACAAAAUAUUUGUCAAUACAAAAUGUCGUAUGGGGAUAGGUCCUACUCAACAGGUGACCUUGCUAUGGACACCUUUUGGUUCGGACAAACAUCUUUCAAACAUGUCGUGUUUGGGUGUGGCCAUGAUAAUAACGCCACGUUUAAUGAGAACAUAAGUGGGAUUAUUGGUCUUGGUGGUGGCCCACUUUCUAUUAUCAACCAAUUAAACCCGGUCAUUCAAGGAAAGUUUUCCUAUUGUUUGAUCUCACAAUUUAACGAUACUACAUCUAAUCAAACAAGCAAAAUUCACUUUGGUGAUGGUGUUAAUAUCUCUGGGCCAAGUGUUGUUUCAACUCCCCUUGUUAAAAAAGCCCCUUCAACUUACUACUACGUUACAUUGGAAAGCGUGUCGAUCGGAAUUAGAGACCUGUCAUACAAGCAAUCAAUAUCGAAAAGCGGGGUUAAUGAAGAAGGUAACAUUAUCGUAGACUCGGGCACGACAUUGACAUAUCUUCCUAGUGAAUUCUAUAGUUACUUGUCCUCGGGUCUAGCCAAUGCCAUUGAUGGAGUCACCACAAAGGACCCAAACGGGAUUCUUGAGCUUUGCUACAAGGAUUUGUACUUGUCGCGUGUCCCGACGGUGACCUUCCGGUUCACUGGAGCUGAUGUUGUGAUCCCGACGGUUAACAUGUUUUUGGAAGUUGAAGAGGGGGUGAGUUGCUUGACAAUUGUACCCUCGGAUGAUUUGGCAAUAUUUGGCAACUUAUUGCAAGUAAAUUUUAUGGUAGGGUUUGAUUUGGUAAACCAGAAGGUGUCUUUUAUGCCUACUGAUUGCACCAAAUGCACUAGCUUAUGA